AUGAAAUACUCAAUCAUUCCUUUAUUGGCUCUUGCCUCAUCAGUUUUAGCUGCUCCUCAUGCUCAUGCUCAUGAACAUCAUUUACACCGUCGUGAUCCAGCUGUUGUUUACGUUACCCAAACUCAAGUUGCUUACGUUGAUGGUAAUGGUAACCCAAUCACUCCAUCAACUACUGCUACUCAAGCUGCCACUUCAACUUCAACCUCUCAAGAUUUUGAAGAUCCAUCAGAAGAAUUUGAAGAUGGUAAAUACAAAUGUUCAGAUUUCCCAUCUGGUCAAGGUGUUAUCUCUUUAGAUUGGUUAGAUUUCGGUGGUUGGGCUUCAGUUAUGAACCAAAAUGGUGAUACUUCAUCUACUUGUAAAGAUGGUUACUACUGUUCUUAUGCUUGUCAAGCUGGUAUGUCCAAAACUCAAUGGCCAAGUCAACAACCAUCAAACGGUAUCUCAGUUGGUGGUUUAUUAUGUAAAAAUGGUUACUUAUACAAAUCAAACUCCAACAAAAAAUCAUUAUGUGAAUGGGGUCAAGAUUCUUCUUAUGCUGUCAACAAUGCUAAAAAAUCAAUUGCCUUAUGUCGUACUGAUUAUCCAGGUUCCGAAAACAUGGUUGUCCCAACUUUAGUUGAAGCCGGUUCAAAGAAACCAAUGUCUGUUGUUAAGGAAGAUGGUUACUACAACUGGAGAGGUGGUAAAACUUCAGCUCAAUACUAUGUUAAUGAUGCUGGUGUUUCCGUUGAAGAUGGUUGUGUUUGGGGUACUGAAGGUUCUGGUAUUGGUAACUGGGCUCCAGUUGUUUUAGGUUCUGGUUACACUGAUGGUACUACUUACUUAUCAAUUAUUCCAAAUCCAAACAACAAAAACUCACCAAACUACUCUCUUAAAAUCGUUGGUCAAGAUGGUGCCACUGCUCAAGGUGACUGUUCUUACAUCAAUGGUAAAUACUCUGGUGGUCCAGGUUCAGAAUCUGAUGGUUGUACCGUUUCAGUUACCUCUGGUACUGCUAACUUUGUUUUCUAUUAA